AAUUCUUAAACUUUUGGAAGUUUGUGGAUGUAAUAGGUUGAAAUACAUAUUCACCACUUCCAUGGCUUUGGAUCUUGUGCAAUUGAAGGAGAUGCAAGUAAGAAAUUGUGUGAUGAUGGAGCAAAUUAUCAUAAAUGAUGGGGCAGAGGAAGCAACAACAAACACAAUCAUGUUCACUUCCCUUGAAUACAUAUUUCUCGAGUCAUGUUCAAACUUAAGAAGUUUUUAUUUGGGAAGUAAUUCAGUGGAAUGUCCGUCUUUGAUAAGACUUACGGUACAAGAUUGUCCUAAGAUGGUUGCUUUCGCGACUUCGUCUCCAAGACAGCAGAAACCAUUUUUCAGUGAUAAGGUCGACUGUGAAGGAAUAGAGUGCCCGGUGCUCUCUGACUCUUCCAAGGCAAUAGAGAUACGGAGAGAUAAUUUUCAAAAAAGUUUAGAUGUCAAAAAUCUUAAAUUUUUGGACGUUUAUGGAUGUAAUAGCUUGAAAAACAUAUUCACCACUUCCAUGGCUUUGAAUCUUGUGCAAUUGGAGCGGAUGCGAGUAAGAAAUUGUGUGAUGAUGGAGCAAAUUAUCACAAAUGAUGGAGCAGAGGAGGCAACAACAAACACAAUCAUGUUCCCUUCCCUUGAAUCCCUAAUUCUUAAGUCAUGUUCAAGCUUAAGAAGUUUUUAUUGGGGGCAUGGUACAGUGGAAUAUCCCUGUUUGACAAAUCUUGCAGUAAAAGAUUGUCCAAAGAUGGUUGCAUUCGCAACUUCGUCUCCAAGAAAGCAGAACAUAAAGACUAUUGGUAUUGCACCAUUUUUCAGUGAUAAGGUUAGUUUUUGUUUGUGCAUAUUGAUCUUUACAUAGCAAAUGCUUCUAAGAUGAUGUUUGUUAGAUUUAAUAAAUUCAAGACCAAAAAAUUAAAUACUAAAUUUUUAGUUUUGAAGAUUUAAGCAUGGAAUUGUCAUAUAAAAAUGUUUGGUGUGCUACUAAAAGUUAGUAGCUUUUUUAUUGAAUCUUUUGUAUAAAAGAGAGGUGGUUUUAUAAGUAUUUUCAAAUAAAAAAAGUUCAAAAAGGAAAGAAUAAAUUGUUAAAAAAAUAUUA